AAUAAAAUCGACGCAUUUAAUGAUUACUGAAUGCACUAAACGCAACAACCAUACUGGGGCAACACAAGAACAAAAGCAUUACUAAAUAAAAAAAUAAGCGAAAUAAUUCAACGAUUGUAAAAAUAUUAAAUUAAAUAAGUAAAGUAAAAAUGGCGAAUACAGCACAGCUUUUGCGAAGGCAAAGUUCCCGCGAUAUUGUGCUGAAAAGUCAAAAGAGCAUUGACCAGCUGGAAUUGCGGGAAAUGCGCGGGCGUCUUGUGCCCAAAGAACACCAUAGCAGCGGCACACAUCAUCAUCAUCACCACCCCCAUCAGCCCAUGUAUGGUGCGACCAAUCAAGCAUUCCUAGGUGAUGCUUUCGAUGAAUCGAAUGAAUUGGAACCAGAUGGCUUCGGCGCGGAGGCGAGUACUAGUAAAUCGAAAGCAGAAUUAGCAGCUGCCGUAUCAGCCACAGUUGAAGCACAGGAAGAUGAUAUUGUCGAAGGUGAAAAGGAGGGCGACGAACGUGAAAGUUGGGAUAACAAAAUCAUGUUUUUGCUCGCUACCAUAGGCUAUGCCGUUGGCUUAGGUAAUGUCUGGCGUUUUCCCUACUUGGCGCAGAAGAAUGGUGGUGGCGCCUUUCUUGUGCCCUACUUCAUAAUGUUGUGCAUACAAGGGUUGCCUAUAUUCUAUUUGGAAUUGGCUGUAGGCCAACGACUGCGCAAAGGUGCGAUUGGUGUGUGGAGCCAGGUCUCUCCCUAUUUGGGCGGCAUUGGCAUCUCAUCCGCAGUUGUCAGCUAUAUUGUCGCUUUGUAUUAUAAUACCAUAAUUGCCUGGUGCCUCAUAUACUUGUUGCAUAGUUUUGAGUCACCUUUGCCGUGGGCCGAUUGCCCCACACGCCUCUAUGCCAAUUACACUUAUGACCAUGAGCCGGAAUGUGUGGCCUCCUCGCCCACGCAGUUCUACUGGUACCGCACCACACUUCAGUGCUCCGAAAGCGUCAAUGAGCCGGAAACUUUUAAUUAUCACAUGGCUAUAUCGUUGAUAGUUUCAUGGUUUCUUGUCUACAUCUGUAUGGUACAAGGGAUUACGUCGUCGGGUAAAAUCGUCUAUAUGACCGCCAUAUUUCCAUAUGUGGUGCUCAUUAUAUUCUUCUUUCGUGGCAUUACGCUGAAAGGUGCUUCAGAAGGCGUCGCUCAUCUCUUCACGCCACGUUGGGAGACACUACUGGAUCCCGUCGUGUGGUUAGAAGCUGGCACACAAAUUUUCUUUUCUUUAGGUCUCGCUUUUGGAGGUUUGAUCGCCUUUAGUUCUUACAAUCCUGCUAACAACAACUGUUACCGCGAUGCCAUUUUGGUAUCUCUCACAAAUUGUGGCACGUCCAUGUUUGCCGGUGUUGUGGUCUUUUCAGUGAUCGGCUUCAAGGCCACAUCCACAUUCGAUCGCUGUAACGAGGAACGGCAGAGUCUGAUUGCGCAGAAUAAAACGACGAAUCUACCAGUUUGUGAUCUCGAAAAAGAACUGGCAAAUAGCGCUUCUGGUACCGGUUUGGCAUUCAUUAUAUUCACUGAAGCGAUCAAUCAAUUUCCUGGCGCACAAAUCUGGGCGGUUCUCUUCUUCCUGAUGCUUUUUACACUCGGCAUUGACUCACAAUUCGGCACACUGGAAGGUGUCGUAACCUCGCUGGUGGAUAUGAAAUUAUUUCCAAAUCUACCUAAAGAAUGGCUUGUGGGGGGCCUCUGUUUUUCCUGUUGUUUGAUCUCUAUGUGCUUUGCUAACGGCGCUGGUAGCUACAUAUUUCAACUAAUGGAUAGUUUUGCGGGUAAUUUUCCACUUCUAGUCAUUGCACUUUUCGAAUGCCUGUCGAUCAGUUAUGUGUACGGUGUCAGAAGGUUUUCCGACGAUAUCGAAAUGAUGACUGGUUCUCGUCCAGGCUUAUAUUGGAUGAUAUGCUGGAAAUACCUUUCACCCUGCGCUAUGAUAACCAUUCUGUUGGCCUCUUUCUAUCAGCUGCUCACCGAGGGCAGCAGCUAUCCCGCUUGGAUAGCUGCCAAAGGGCUGACUGAACAACUCGAGUGGCCGCAUUGGUGUAUUGUCAUUGCAUUUUUCCUGAUACUCUCAUCAAUACUGUGGAUACCGAUCGUGGCGAUAUUGAGGCUCUGUGGCAUAAAAGUGGUAGAGGACUCGGAUCCUGCCUGGUUCCCAGAAGCAGAGCUGAAAGAAGUGCACGGCAUUGUGCCACAUGAACCCACAGAAAUCGAACGUACAAUAUUUUGUUUUAAUAUGGACGGCACAGAGGGCAUGUGCUGUCCGAAAUAUGGAUUACCCGAGAAAUCGCUCGAAGAAGAGGAGUAAAUAGAGCAAACGCAAACUAUUCAUGGAAAGAGUUGAAUUUAAAAAAUACUACAUAAUGGUGGAAAAAAACAAUAAAAUGUUGGUAAAGCGGACGCAUUCAUAUAAAGAGGCAUCAAGGCAUUCAUAAGAGGCAUUGCGGCGUUGCCAGAAACCGUCGUGAAAAAUAAAGCAAAGAGAAAAAACCAUAAGCAGGCCGCGAAAUGGGAAAUAAAACAAAUAGUAAAAUAGUAAAAUUAAUAUAAUUAAAAAAAUAGUUAAACUUUAGCGAAAACUGUAAGGGAGUGGAAGUAAGAAACUUUUUAAAUUAACAACUACUUUUUUGGUGUUUUGGUGGACAAACUGGCAUGGAGACUCAACUAUACAAUAAUAAGUUAAGUACUAAAUAUAUUAUACAAUAAAUAUAUUUAUAUAUAUAUACAUAAAUAUAUUGUGUAAGCCAAUACUGUAGCAUUACUUCUAAAGACAAUAAUUUAAUUGAAAAACCAAUGUUGUUAAUAAUUUUAAGCAGCAAAAUGUACUUGUAAAUAUAAAAAGAAAUACAAAGACAAUAAUUCUGUUGAGAGUAGUUAACCUAAAGUUGCCAUUCAAAUAAAUACGUAGCUCUUAAAAGAUGAGUGUUUUUUCGAAAAAAAACAAAAUGUAAUGACAUGUAAAAAGUGUACUGUGAUUGUGCGCAAAAUAGAAAAAUAAUCGAAUUCAUUGAAAAAAAUACUCUAAAAUUAGCCACCGAAUAUAAUUCUAUAUGUAUUUAUAAUAUGAAAAGGAAUGGAGAUCAUUAUAAGUUGUCAACACACAUUUCUAUUAUCCAUAUACCAGGUGGCGCAAAAUUAUUCAUUCAAUUUUGCUUCUGAAUAACUUUUUUACUAAAUAAAAAAAAAAAGAUUUUGAUGUAUUUUAUUUUGACCUUUACGCGCUCCAUUUCUUGUCUGUUUAUAUAUCAGAGCUGUCUAGUUCACAAGUGUCAAUCAUAAUUGACGUGCAAAUUAACGUGAAAUUAUUUACCAAAUUAUAAUGAAAAAAUCAUUCCAAUAAUAUUUCUGUUUUGUAUUAUUAGUUAAAGUUCUCAAGCUCUUAAAAAACCCCUGUAUAAUAAGUUAUAAAUCUUCCGAUGAAGGGAUUAAUUUUGCGCCACCUUGUAUGUAUACCUACUUACACUUAUUGAAUGUAGAAUAUACCAAGCCAAAGCGACCAAUGUCUACGAAAUUUAGAAGAUUCGAAGAGAAAAAAUGUGAAAAGCGUACCUUCAGUUAAAAAAGUAGUUUAAAACAUAGUAACUAAAAUUUAAAAAUACUGUUAGCACAUACCUACACUUAUUUCAUACAAUAUUUCAAAUUACACUGGCUGACAAAUGAUUUAUGAUCAAUGAGUCCGACAAUCCACAUUUUAUUUUCGAGAUAUCGCCAAAGAACGUUUUUGGAUUAAAAAAAGAAGGAGAUCAUAAAAACAUCAAACAUCUUGAAAAUUCACUAAGCUAACCCAAUAAAAGGUACAAAAAAUUAAAAUUAAAUUUGCUGUCUUUC